AUGAAUAAUAAAUAAAUUGUUGAUAUAUUAUUUGACGAAAUUGAUUCCACCUAAACCUAUGCCACUUAACAUUAUAAUUCACUCUUUAAAGACUAGAUAACUGCAAUAAGGGCCUUGUCUUAGACUGAUGGGAGAGGAUAGCAUACUAAAAAAUGGGAAAGCAAAUCAAAAAGAAAUAUAUUAUUCACCAUAAUAUUUCCGUAUUUUAAGAAUUUUUAAUAUAUAAAUACAAUUCCACUAAUCGUUGCUCACUCUGUAUUGUAGGUUUAUAAUAAUUUAUAUGAUUUGAAUGGAAGUAUUAAAUGGUUUAAUGAUAUAUAUUUUUUGGAUAAGAAACAAGCUGGAAUAUUGGUCUAGUCUGAAAUAACAGGGUAAGAUAUAGUCAUUUUUAUGGGAGUAGGGAUAAAUGUUGAUUGGAAUAUUGAAAACGGAAUAAAUAUAGAAGCAAUUCUAAAUAAAUAAAUUAAUGUUGAAGAAUUAUAUUAAUCAUUGAAAGAAAAGAUUGUGCACAAUUUAAAAUUACUUAAUGAGAAUGGAUUUAAAUACUUUUAGAAGCCCAUUAAUUAAUAACUUUAUAAGAAGGGAGAAAAGUGUGUAUUUGUAAAUUAAGAGUAGAAAUAUGUUUGUGAGGGUAUCUUAGAAGAGAUUAAUUAAGAUGGGAUGCUCAUCAUUAGAGAAGCUAAUGGAUUAAAUAGAGUAGUUGAUAUUAAUUUAAAGAUGAUGAUUUGA